UAUCCUACCAAUCAAACUUGUACAUGACUAAACACUAGUCCUUAAGAAAGGAGGACUCUGGGCUGUACUACUCCAGACAGCAUUCAGACAGUACGGCACGCGGACCUAACUUAUAUGCUACGUCUGCAAGUUCGUUUAGCUUCGUAGACAAAAAGAGACAGUUCUUUUUGCCGUAGAAUACUUUUCUUUUUUUCAUUGACAAAGUGUGGAAAUGGCCUUAAACGAGACCAUUUUACCAUCGAUUUCAACAUUUGCGAGCCAAAAGGACAGAAUCUGGCAAAGCGGCUGGAAAACUGAAAUGAAUCCGCAUUCCAGUUGCUCCAUGCCUGACAUUGUACCAAACAUGGACAACUGCUUAGGAAGGAAAGACGAUGAAGAUCUGGGCAAUUAUCUGGAUCUGGAUUUUAUUCUCGCGAACACCACCGGCUCGGAAAGCGCGGCGGCGCUGAAUGCGGGGGCUGGAGCCGAGUUCAGGCUGGCAGAAGCCAGCAGCCUGUACCAGUCCGCAGCUGCCUACUCGGUGUCCGAGCAGAGUAACCCCCCACCACCGUACAGCAGCAGUCUCAUGUCGGAGCUUCUGAGAUCCGAGGUCGACACCUACUGCAUGCCUACCAACAGCGUUCAGGGAAGGUUUGUGGUCACCUCAACGAAUUUUCCUAACCAGGACUUUGCAGACAACGUCAAAGUGGAACCAUCCAUGGAAAGUUUCGGACCAGUCAUGGGCAUGGUCGCUCAGAGCUGUCCAAAAAUCAAACAAGAGGGCAACGUUUCGUGCAUGAUGUCCUUCGAGCAGCCAAGAUUAGCCAGCUCCCCGCAGGCGGCCGGGAACAUGACUCCGCCGCUCAGCCCGGACGACCUGAUGAGCUCCGACGGCCAGUCCCACAUGUGCCGCGCCAUGACCUUCGCACAGGGAUACCCCCCCGUCGCGCCUUUCCCUCACUGCCACCUCAGCCAGCCGCCACAGAUCCAGCUGCCUUACCAGAGUUCGCACCAGUUCGGCUUAUACGACGACGGCCACGGCAUGCAGGCGGGGGGACAGAGAGCGCCGCUCACGCCGCCGUCCUCGCCGCUGGAGAUGCUGGAUGCCAAGCCCAAGAGGGGUCGCCGUUCCUGGCCGCGGAAGCGCACCGCGACUCACACCUGCACUUUCGCCGGCUGUGGGAAAACUUACACCAAGAGCUCUCACCUAAAAGCCCACCACCGGACGCACACGGGAGAAAAGCCGUACCACUGCAGCUGGGAGGGCUGCGGCUGGAAGUUCGCUCGGUCCGACGAGCUGACCCGCCACUUCCGCAAGCACACCGGGCACCGGCCCUUCCAGUGCCACCUGUGCGAACGCGCCUUCUCCCGCUCCGACCACCUGGCGCUGCACAUGAAGCGGCACAUGUGAAGCGCCCCCUGCGCCCCCGGACUCUAUAACUGCGGCCGCAGCCGCUGAUCUUCGGACUGCCUGAACAAAUGAACGUGGAAAAUGUUUCAAAGAAUUAUAUUGUUGUUUUAAUUUAAUUUUUUAAAGACAAAAACAGAGGACUGUUGACUUUGCAUUUAUAUAUAAAUAUUAUAUUAAACAAUGUAGCUGGUACUACUUUGGUUCAGAAAGAAAAAAACUUUUUUUCCCUCCCUGGAAAAUCGUUUGACGACUGUUGUGUUACUGUGCAGUGUUUGUUUUCCGCAAACACAUUAGUCUGCCAAGCUGGCCUUAAGUACGUCUCUGAUGCAACUGGAACCAGACGUGAAAUGUAGUGUACAUUGCUAAAAUGGUGUAAUUGUCUCAAUAGUGCCUUUCCAUCCAACGUCUUACAUAACUUACCAAUUCCAUAUUGUCUGUGAGUUAAAAAAUGUUUUUAUAUAUAUAUUUGAUAAAAUCAUAAACAGCACAAGAAAUAAGUUUAAAAGACAACGUUUUUUUCUUAAAACUGCCUUCUGGCCUGACGGCUUGAAUGUUAAUUGUGUUUUUGUAUUGGAUAUUUUAUGACGUCAGGGUCUUUAAAUUUGUAAAUUCUUCUAUUUAAACGAAAGGGCACACAGGUCUUUUACAGACUAAAGUUACACUAUUGACACAGGGCUACAUUUCUUGUGCAUUACAAACAUGUAUAUAAUUUGUCUUCAGACUGAAAUCUUUAUAUUCAUGUAAAUAAUUGAACAUGUAAAUAAUGUAUAAUUUAUGUACAUAUUAAAAUAAAUUGACAGUA